AUGUGUAAUAAUUCAUCACAUCAGCUUCUGCGCUGUCAUAAUCCCAUGAUUAUUUUCAUUAUCCUAAUAUGCUUUAUAACUUUUUGUUCGGCGCAAAAUGCACAAUAUGAUAACACGUUAACAUUUUAUGAGGAUGCUGCUAAAGACCUGUACUUCUUUGAUAGCUUCACUGAAUCAGAUGGGACCCUUUUAAUCCAGCUUGCCCAUUAUAAUAACCCGGAACAAACAUGCAUCGAUCCUGACAUACACUUGCGGGUCGUAUACGCCAACGGAACGGUUAAACCUUUAAAAGUUGCACACAGAGUUCCCUCGUAUAACUUCUGUAUGCUUCAAGAUGUUUUUAUGAACUAUUUUAUCAAUGAGUACAUGAUCCUUAUAACGUAUUUUGAAGGAAAGGACGAUGCGACGACAAUGCACACUGGAAUGGUCAUCGAUUUCGACGGAAAUCUUUUACAGUAUUUCACAUUAGGGAUCGGGAUCGGAGAAAUCAAUCGUAACAAGAACAAAGAGACAGGGUUUACAUGGUCUCGUCAAGUUAAUACAAGCACGAUUGCAUGGUCGAGAUUUAUAGCGGAUCCAUCAAAUCCAAUGCAAAUUUUAAAUUUAGGAACAGGCUUCAUUCAUGCUCCAAAUCCGUCAUCAACUAUUACAUCAUACAAAUUGCUUAGCUCGGGUGAUGGCGGAAAUUGUCUCGUUAUCGUGACUAAACUUAAUCAGUUGUACGCGUCAGAUCCAGCCUGGGAGGUCUACGCAUUCUUUAUAGAUAAAUCCGCAGCGGAAGUUAGCCUUCCUUAUUUGCUUUAUCAAAGUCAAAUAAAUUUGUAUAAAAUUGAAUUUUUACGUUGUCGAAAUUCAAAUGGGGAAGGUUAUAAGUGUCUAAUGCUCAUGGAGACAUUAGUAACCGCGGCGAAACAAGCCGAAGUUAGUACGAUUAAAAGAUGGCACUUGUUAACCUUUUUAACUUCCGGAUCUGUAAUAAGUAACAAGAAGAUAGAUUCGGGAAAUGAUUUUGAAAAAAGGGAGAUUUUAGACGCAAGUAUCUUAUUUAAUGGUGGAUUUCUGAUUAUCUUUGCUCCGUUAAAAGAUAAUAUAAAGACGGGUAUAUUGUUGACGCAAAAUGGUGAUUUCGAAGGCGUUUGGAAAGGAUUUUCCGGGGAAGUUAUUCAUUACGCGUACCUUGAACACAAUGACACAUUGUGGGGAGUGUUGUUCCAACAAACUUCCGCCUCUUGGACCAUAAUGACAGAUACCUUACGUGUAAUGGAGUUUAAUUACAAACACAGAAAUCCUAACAUACUCGAAACGAAGCCAACUGACGAUGUUAUACGCUACAAAGGCGAAAUCAUCACCAUACAAUAUGAUAAACCUAUAAUUCCUUCAUCGGGAAACAUCUCAAUUUAUCAGGUGGUUGAUGAUCAUACUGAAUUAUUACGCCAAACUUAUUCAGGUCUAUCAAGUUAUGUGACGAUUGCCAAUGAUACAGUUGGAAUAAUAGUGUUUAAAAGCACUUUCAAUAAUCCGAAUGCCACUUAUUUCGUCCAAAUCAAUGACGACUUUGUUAGCUCGCGGCGAUAUAAUGAGGCUAUGUCGGGAAUCAACAAGAGAGUUUGGUUUUUAAACGCGUCGAUUGAGGAACCGAGCGUAUGUAAAUCAUCGGUUACCAUAUUACUCAAAUUAAAUUCCAAAGGGACGGAAUACUUUAAAACGCUCAACUCGAAAGAGAUUGAUGCAUUUUUUAUUGAAUUGAUGAAUGAAUUGUCUGAGAUCAUUCCUAUUGAAAGGUCGAGAUUGCCGGAUACUACAGGGAAAUUUCAACAUGAUCCUUUAGAUUCCAAUAAUCUCAUACUAUUACAGGUCAAAAUUUCCCAACCAACGGAAUCAACAAGACCUUGCGCAAAGGAUAUCGUGAGUGAUCUAGACGCUUUGAUCACCAACAAGCAUUCCACCCUUAUAGCACGAUAUCCUCUUUCUAGCAUGUUGGACGAAAAUUAUGGUACUGUUAUGACAGCUGAAGGUUGGAAUAAUACAUUGAAGUUUACUUUAAUACUUCUUCUGUCCGGGUUCUUGUUUGUUAGCAUUCUAUUCUUUUUGGCAUGGCCGUUGUAUGUUGUAUUAAAAGAACAACAAAAUCACGAUGAAUUUCGAGCUUGGUUCAAGAAUUAUACCCCUUUGGUAUCAAUAUUCACAAUUCUAUCAUCAGCUGACGUUGAAUUAUUGAAUGUAAUUUCCUCAGAGAUAUGGGAUUCGAAAUAUUUAAGUGCACCGCUGUCAAAUGAAGCCAAACUUGUAAUAUUUUGGGGAAGUUUUGCUAAUAUAUUCCUUGAAGACGUGCCGCAAUUUAUUAUUAGAGUAAUAUAUUUACAGCACAAUAGCAUUAUUUAUGAUCCCAUUCCAGUGAUUUCAUUAAUAUCCGCCGGUAUUUCGAUAUUAUUCAGUCUUAUUGGGAGGGGUUAUGAUACAUUAAAUCACGAAGUUCUUUUCUCCAAAAAGUCAGAAACUAAGAAAUCGGAUGAAAUAAAUAAUGAUGAUUCAAAUAAUACAAACAAUAAUUUUAACGACAAUUCAGAUGAGAAUGUUGAAGAAAAAAUUGAAGACACAAUCAAGGAAUCAAAUGAUGGCGACAAUUCAAAUGAGAAAGUUGAAGAAAUAAUUGAAGAAUUAACCGAGGAUUCAAAUGAAACUGUGAUGACGACAUAA